UGUACAUAAAAUUUGCAUAGUCGCUUGUAUGUGUUUUAGACCGACAUACAAGCAUGGCUUUUCCGCUGCAGUCGACUUCGAAGAAGAAAGUUUGCUAUUACUAUGACGGUGAUGUUGGCAAUUACUACUACGGACAGGGACAUCCAAUGAAACCACAUCGUAUACGAAUGACACACAAUUUAUUACUCAACUAUGGACUGUACAGAAAAAUGGAAAUUUAUAGACCACAUAAAGCAACACAAGAAGAAAUGACCAAAUACCACAGUGAUGAUUACAUCAAAUUCUUAAGGAGUAUCAGGCCAGACAACAUGUCAGAAUACACAAAACAAAUGCAGAGAUUUAAUGUUGGAGAGGACUGUCCAGUUUUUGAUGGUUUAUACGAGUUUUGCCAGUUGUCCACUGGUGGUUCUGUCGCUGGUGCGGUGAAACUCAACAAGCAACAAGCUGAUGUGGCUAUCAAUUGGUCAGGUGGUUUGCAUCAUGCUAAGAAGUCAGAAGCGUCAGGAUUUUGUUACGUCAAUGAUAUUGUUCUUGCAAUAUUGGAACUUUUAAAAUAUCACCAGCGAGUAUUAUAUGUAGAUAUUGAUAUCCAUCACGGUGAUGGGGUAGAGGAGGCAUUUUAUACAACAGAUCGGGUUAUGACUGUGUCAUUCCACAAAUAUGGCGAAUAUUUUCCUGGAACCGGAGAUUUAAGGGAUAUUGGAGCCGGUAAAGGUAAAUACUACGCUGUGAAUUUUCCUCUCAGAGAUGGUAUCGAUGACGAGUCUUACGAACAGAUAUUUGAACCUAUCAUAACUAAAGUUAUGGAGAUGUAUCAGCCGAGUGCUAUGGUUUUACAGUGUGGUGCUGAUUCACUAUCCGGAGAUAGGUUAGGUUGUUUUAACCUCACUCUUCGAGGUCACGCAAAAUGUGUAGAUUUUGUGAGAAAGUUCAAUAUGCCGUUAUUGAUUCUGGGAGGUGGUGGAUACACAAUUAGAAAUGUGGCUCGCUGUUGGACGUACGAAACUGCUGUGGCAUUGGGUGUUGAUAUCGCCAAUGAACUUCCAUACAAUGACUAUUUUGAGUAUUUUGGACCAGAUUUCAAGCUUCACAUCAGUCCCUCUAACAUGGCUAAUCAAAACACACCAGAAUAUUUAGAAAAAAUAAAAACAAGGCUAUAUGAGAAUUUGCGAAUGAUUCCACACGCCCCUGGAGUACAGAUGCAUCCCAUUCCUGAAGACCCUAUUGCAGCAGAUAGUGAAGGUGAAGAAGAAGAGGAAGAAGAUAAUGAUAAACGUAUUUCAAUACGUGCAUCUGAUAAGCGUAUUGCAUGCGAUGAGGAGUUCUCUGACAGUGAAGAUGAAGGUGAUGGUAGGAGAGAUGUUAGAAUUCACAAAAAGAAGCGGCCGCGUACUGAUGACGACAAAGAUAAGGAGCCAGAUGCCAAAAAAGAGAAAGAUGAAGAUCUUCACACCAAGGUAGAGAAGAAAGAUGUAGAUUUACCGAUACGAAGUGAAAGCGAUAAUACUGGGAAAGACAAAGAUGCUGCAACAGUAAGAAGUGAAGCUACUUCAGAACAGCCACCCAUUGAAACACCAGAACAGAAACCAGGGGAAAUCAUGCCGGUGAUUGAACCCAAAACGGAGAGUAUAGCGACUGAAGUCAAACCUGUCUUGGAAAACAUUGUUGGAAUUGAUAAGUUGGUCGAGAGUGAACCCAAACCUGCUACGAUGGACGAACAUAUGGAUCAUUAGUCUGCUGGAUUUUUUACGAUUUCAUCACCGCUGCAGAAAUUACAAUCAAUAUCAUUCGAACUGCACUAUGUUCACAAAAGUCAGUAAAAAUGUCAAAAUGUACUUUAAGAGGGUGUCCAAAUAUCUUUGUUUUUGUAUUGGUUUCUACAGUGAAGGUAAUCUCGACAUUUUGAUCAUGAGCUGAAAAAGUCAGUAUGGCCGUCUGGCAGCCAUUUUUGAUGUUGUGUAGAUUUAAAUUGAUUUUUUUUGUAAAAUGACACUGACUAUCAAUAAUUUUCUUUCCCUUCCACUGGGAACUAAGAAACAGAUACUUAAAAAUUCCAAGCUUUCUUUUUGUCACAUCCCAUAAUAACGUGACAACAAUGCAUUUUAUCCCUGUGACCGUAAAAUGUUGAUUUUAAUGUUUUAAUUAUCAAUACAUGAUAUGCUGCUGAUUUGUUGUGCUGUAUGUGUACAUUACUUUGUAUUCCUUUGCUGUGUGUAAUCUAUGUUAAAAACAGUACUUCAACAAAGCUCUAAUGAAAUUGAUUGAAAAAACUCAUCCAAGAAGUCUCUAAAAAUGAUUUUGAGCAGCGAGAUAAGACUUCACAACCUGAAUGGUAUUCCAUGGCUGAUGUCAAUGUCAAUAUCUUUUUUUACCACUAGCCAAUAUGUCAGUCAUUCAGUGUUCUGUAUGCUUUUCAGGUGACUGUUGCCUCUGUGUUCAACAUCGCAGCGUGUUUAUUUGUACUCGAAAUAAACAAAAAACAAAAAAACAAGACUUGUAUUUUUUAUUACUAUUUAAAAUAAAUUAAGUUUAAAAACUUGUUGUAGAUAGAUUCUUCCCACAUUAUCUCCAGCUGGCUGUUUAAUUGCAGUGAAUGUUUUGAUACUCCGUUUGUCGUAUUUGCAUCAUGACAUUGCUGAGCUUAGAGACUACAGAUGUCUGUACCAAGCUUAUACCAUACAUUUUGACCACCAUGUUGAUUACUUUAUUGAAAUUUAAGCUGUGCUGUCUUGAAUUUUGUGUUAAAUUUUAGACUUUUCGUCUGUGUCAUCUUUUUAUUUUCACUAUCAUAGUACAUAGACUGAAUUUUAUAACAUUUCUUGCAAAGCCACUGUUUCAUGUUAGAGGCUUCAAGUGAAUAUUUAUUUUGAUUUCUCUACUCUUUUAUCCAAUCAACACAUAACUUUCAGCAAGGCACUUUUUUUCUCGAAAUGUAGAGUAUCUCUAAACAUGAAGACAUUUGCUUGAUCCAGUUUCAGGCUUUAUUUUUGAAAUAAAUCUCAACAAAUAUUCUGUGUGAACAGAUUAAGAUUAGGUUAAAAUACCUCUUUAUCAGCUAACUUAAAUCUGUGGUGAAUUAUUUUUAAAAGAUUGGUAACACUAUCCACCCUAGAACUUUCUAUUAAAUAUGCACAGACCUUAUAAAUUGAUCAUCCUGAACGAGGCUUGAAUAAUCGUCUCCGGAUCUGAUUAUUUAUGUUCAAAGAUGGCCUCUGUUUUGGAGAAAUGUGCCUUGCUGACUUUAUCUCAACACUGAAUCAUUUAUUACUUGUAUCUGAACAGCCAAAUAAAUGUGAAAGUAGUUUUCUAUUAAAAAAAAAACAUUCAAUCGU